GUCCGAUCUAUUUUGAAGCUUAACCAACAUCUGGACCUUUCAUAGCUGCGUAGGUGGCUUACAAGAAGCCGCAUAUCCAAGUUUCAUUACCAUUCUUCAACGGCCAGUCCAGUUUUUCUGUUACGAACAUACAUAAGGUACCUCUUAUUGAUUGAAAUCGCACAUUUAGCUCCUAUCCACUGGUCUAGACCCAUUAAUAUGGCAGACUUACCCGUCUUAGAAAGCAAAGUGGCUUUUGAUGCCCCCAAUGCGGGAAAGCCAUCCACCACGUGGUACAAGGUCGUCGGCGACCUAGACAAAUCGACAACCCCGGCCUUAAUUGUACUCCAUGGAGGACCCGGUGCGGGACACGAGUACUUGGCUUCUUUUACGGAUCUAUACGAGCAAUACGGUAUUCCCAUCGUAUUCUAUGACCAGAUCGGGUGCGGGAGGUCCACUCACUUCCAAGAGAAGAUAAAGGAUGAUUCAUUCUGGACAGUCGACCUUUUUAUUGCCGAGCUUGACAAUCUUGUUGACCACUUAGGAUUGCGCGAGAGGGGCUUCUUCGUCGCCGGCCAGAGCUGGGGCGGAAUGCUGGCAGGAUCGUAUGCAUCCCGGCGUCCUCACGGCCUGAAGAAACUGGUAGUCGCCGGCGCGCCUGCUAGCUUCCCGAUUUUCAUGGAAUACGGUAAAACGCUGCGCGCAGCCUUGCCAGCGGAUAUCCGUGAGAUAUUAGAAGCCGGCGAUCGAGAUGGAAGCUACGAAACCGCAGAGUAUGAAAGGGCUAGUGCCUUCUUCUAUUCGCGACACGUCUGUUCGCUUGACCCCAUCCCAGACCCUGUAAAGCAGGCCUUUGCAAACUUGAAAGAGGACCCGACUUCUUACCAUACUAUGCAAGGUCCUUCUGAGAUAGUUAUUACUGGCAACCUCAAGGACUGGGAGGGCUGGAAGGAUGCCCAUAAUAUUCAAGUCGACACAUUGCUUUUGAACGGGAGGUAUGACGAGGUGGGGGAGCCAUGUGUAGAACCCUGGGGUAUGGUAAUUCCGAGGGUCAAGUGGGUGGUAUUUGAGAAAUCUAGCCAUAUGGCGCACUGGGAGGAGCGUGAACGAUUCAUGCAGGUGGUUGGUACGUUUCUUACAGGCUAUUGAGGUAACUCGAUCAUGUUAUCAGACCUACCAGCAGACAUAUUCGCAUGCACUCUUGCUCCUAUGAAUGAAACCUGGGAUUAUUAUUCCAAGAGCUGAAGGUGGGUGAGUGUUGCAAUAGCUUCUUGGGUCGGUGCUAAAGAGUUACAACAAUGCAAAGGGGUUAGCAAAUCAGACUAUGUGUUACUCAACUCCAUACGCAAGCUUCUAUUUGAUGCAUACAUCUCUUAGUCCAACUUUGAUAGGUGAAUUUAAAUCAUACUGCAGGCAGAUCUGCAAGAUUAGGUUAAGAUUUGCGAGCUUGUCUGCGCCGCAUGACUAUAGCUUAUAGGUAUGUCCAAUAUAC